UCAUCGUAGUUCCUUCUUCGUUUUUAAGUGUUUUGUGUUCUGUGAACAUCUAGUGUAUUUGUGACAGUGACAGUGUUAUAGUGUUGUGAUGGAUCCGGGAUCCCCCUCGUUGUUGUUUCCGCUGCGCCUGAGCAAGCCCGCGGUGACGGUUCCCGUGCCGCCCCCGGGGGAGCACAGCAAGGCUGACGAGCGGGCACAGUCGCCGGCUCUGACGGACCGCUUGUCUGCAGCCCCUUCACCCUCCAGCCCCGCACCCAGCAGUCCCUCGCCCCCUCAGCACCAGUUCCAAGCGGCGUUAGUGGCUGAAAAGUAUCUCCUCUUGGAACAAGUCGAAGGAUCAUCCCUUUGUCGGUGUGUGGACGUGCGCACGCAAGAGGAAUAUGUUUGCAAAGUGAGUGACCAUUCUAUAUCGAUAACUGAAACUAUAAUCGAAAACCUGUUGGACCGCGUCUCAGUCCUGCACAAUACAAAAUUUGUAGCGUACUCGACCUAACUUAGGGUCUGUUGUAUGGCAUCGAACAAAAAAUAUUUAUUCGUUAGUGCUCUUAAACUCUUAUGUAAUACAAUACGUAAAUGUCUAUAA